AUGCUGAGGAGGGUGCUUGACUCACUGAAUAAUCUUCAAUGUGUGGAUAAUGAGAAGAGGAAGGAAGCAGAGAAGUAUAUUAUUAAUGAAUCCGAAGGGAAUUUUGUUGGUGUAAUAAACAGUCUAUUAGAUAUUUUAGUGGAUCCAUCUGUUGGCACAAUUGGUGACACGGUGACAGCAGGGGUUGUACUGAAGACGCUUUUCUCAUGGGAAUCUGAGGAGAAGAGGCAUGAGGUGAACAUGAAAUGGACAUCACUCACUGAGAAGGAGAGGGAUGAGUUAAAGGGGAAGUUAAUAUCAAGCCUAGGCGGGUGCACUGGGAAUAUUGGGGAGAUACUUGGGCAGUGCCUUGGUGCGGUUGCACGUAUUGAGGUUGUGAGCAAGAGGUGGCCAGAAGUAUUCUCGGACUUGUCCUCAAUCGGGGUUAACACUGACUCAGAGAUUGUGCGUAUAAAUAUCAUGGAGACAAUCGGGAUUUUAUGCAUGGAUACGACCGGGAUGGAUGAGCGGCUAAUCCUGCACUCAUCUGGGUUUAUUCUUACUGUGCUCAUAAAGGGAGCCAACUCAGAGAACCCCAGCACGCAGAAGAGUGCGUUUAAGAACUUAGACAGGUGCCUUGAGUUCAUCAGUCAUAAUAUUAGCAUAGAGAAUGAAUGCCUUCUGGUUAUGGAGACACUUUUUAAUGCGUGCAGAUCGAGUGAUGAGGAUGUGGCGUGCCUGGCACUGCGGUGUUAUACAGGGACACUGUUCAUGUACUACAAUAAAGUGAUCAAGUAUGUAAGCCUGGCAUUCGGGAACAUCGCCAUGAAUUACAUGUACUCUGAGGGUGAGGAUAAAAUACUUGCUGCAAUUGAGAUGUGGGGUGCCAUUGCUGAGCAUGAGAUGUACAGUGACGGUGAAAUAAUCAGUGAAGUGUUCUCUACGCUUGUAGGGCAGUGCAUGGUACUCGCCAUGAACAGUGAUAUGGAGCAGACUGAAGAAUGGGUGCCGCACAAGGCAUCUGCAUGGUUACUUGGGCUAGUUACGCACUGUGCCCCUGAGAGGGUCAAUGGCAAUAUAGUUAACAAAUCAUUCAGUGCCCCGCAUAACCUGAUUUCAGCGAUUGAGUCGUUCAUUACCUCACAGGAGACCGUUAAGUUUGAGGCGGGCAUGAUCGUGCUGGGCUCUAUUUUGAACACAGAAACAGUCACUCCACUUAACCCGUUAAUUAAAAGGAUUGCCCCAUUAGUGUUCCACUCACUGGGUUCUGAUAACCCCGUUGUAUUAGACACCGGGAUGUGGCUGCUUGAGAGACUGUUCAAGUACGCUUAUGUUGCUGUGGAGCAGUGCCACUUAGAGAAUGAUAUUAUCAGGAAAAUCAUGAAGAUCAUCACAAUGAACACGGAAAUGUCCGUGACUGCCGCAUGGACACUCACCGGGAUAGCAGGCGCUGUACGGUCACAGAGUACAUCCGAUGCGUACAGGGACCAUGCGAUAUUCACGAAUUUCACAAUGAUUUUAGACUCACUCGUCAGGACAUUCUUCAGCCUGCAUGAGACACAGUUUACACUGAAAGUGUCACUCUCCUCUGCGAUCGCUGAAGUAAUCAAGGCCGCAAUACCCACGUACUACGAGGAGGUGAUUGGCUUCUUAAAUGAAAUAAUCGCAAAGGUAAAGAAUGAGUUAGUGCAACAGGAAUUAAACGAGGAGAACAUAUCUUGCUAUAUGAACUUAAUACAGGCAUGUAUAAGUACGUGCUUCUCUGACCAAAUAUCGAAUGUGUCCAAGGAGGUGGUUUCCAUAUGCAUAUUCAUUAUACACAGGAGUAAAUUAGUCUCAUUAUAUACAGAGGCAUACUUAACACUCAGCCUGCUCGCUGACAGGAUCGGAAUCGAUUUUGGUAAUUAUACAGAAGAGAUAAUCCCGUUCAUAAUCAGGGACAUGCGAAUGUUCUGCUGUGAGGAGGGCAAGGAGCAAAACAGUUCAUUAUUCGCCACUAGUUUAAUUAUGUUUAUUGGGUCAAUGGCCAUGUCUAUACAGCUGGGGUUCAGUGCGUACAUCGAUCAGAUCGUGCCCGUAUUAAUACGUGCUGUAAUAUCACCGCACUUGCCCAGGGAGGCUAAAACAACGGCAAUUUCUACAUUCUCGGAUAUUUCACUUUCUGUGGGUAAGAUGUUCGACAGGUACUUAAAUGAAAUAAUGGAAAUUUGCAUGGGCGCCAUAAAAGUGAAAGAUGAUGGGAGUGACAGUGGAUUUAUCCUUACUUUACGUGAGUCACUUUUAGUCCUCCUGUCGUGUAUAGUGCAGGCAUCAGAUGGGAGAAGUACUGAAGUAAUUAACUCUGUUGAAAGGAUGCUUUUAAUAGUUAAAAUAAUAGCACAAGAAACCACUGACUCUGCUUGUAUUAUUAAGUCUCUUUACCUUCUCUCUGAUUUAUGGAUACUUUGUGGGUCGUACCAGAACUCUUCUGUUAUUUCUGCUUUAGAAUCCCCGUGGGUGUUUGAAUUUAUUUCUGCAAAGACAGAGUCAUCCGUAAAAGAGGUCAGGGAUGCAGCCAUUUCCACCAGACUGCAAAUUAGUUAUAUUAAUAAGGAAUAAGCAAUUCUACAAUUACUGCAG